AUGAGAAUAGGUCUAUUAGGUAAAAGUAAAUUAGGUUUUGUGGAUGGUCGAUACCCAAAAUCUAAGUUUGAACCUGAAUUCCACAAGAAAUGGGAGAAGGUAAAUGUUAUAGUGCUCUCUUGGAUUAUGAAUGUUGUGCGCCCAGGGCUAUUGAGUAGUGUCGUGUAUGCUUCUAUUGCUCAUAAGGUGUGGGAAGACCUGAAGGAGAGGUUCGAUAAGUAUGAGUUUGAUACCCUCAUGCCCUGUCCUGGUUGUCCCUGCCCAGAAUCAAAGAAAUAUGCUGAGCAUUUUGAGUAUCACAGAUUACUCCAGUUUCUUAAGGGAUUGAAAGAUACUUAUUCUCAAGCUCGAAGUCAAAUCAUGAUGAUGUCACCAGUGCCUAGCAUUAACAAGGCCUACUCUCUACUUAUGGAUGUGGAAAGCCAAAGGAAUCUGGCUAAUUUCUCUCAAAUGAUGCAAGUAGUAGAAGUUGCUGACAGCACUGCUCUGUAUAGCAACAAAAAUCCAACUACUGGUUAUGGACAAUUUAGAGCUCAGAAGAAGACAGUGUUUAGAGAUUUACAAGGAAGAGGAGAAGGAAUAACAUGUGGGCUGCAGCAAAUGCAAGUGCCUUCAUCAACUGGAUUUCAGCAUAUGUCUCAGCAAAUGCAGAUGCCUUCACCAAUUGGAUUUCAGCACAUGCCUCAGCAACAAGCACCAACUCCAACUACUUUCUUUUCUCAGGAGCAAUAUCAGGAGAUAGAUCAGCUACUUAAUAAGGGGGCAGAUGAAGUUCCUUCUGCCAGAGCUGCAACUGCAGUUCCAUCUCAAAAGGGAAGUAAGGUUCACUUGCCUACAGGAAAUGUUGCCUCUAUUUCACAUAUAGGAAAAGCAAGUGAUCUUUACAGUGGUCAGAUGAAGGAAAUUGGUAAGGAGGAUCAGGGAUUGUACCUAAUGCAAGGCAAGUCAUUACUAAGUGGUAGACUGCAAUAUAAUCCAGCUCAACUAAGGAAUAAAACUCCUCAACAAGUAUCUGAGGUGAAGUUUGUAAAUAAAACUACUAAGUCUGGGAAUAAGUUUGCUUGUAUGGCUAAUGAAUGCUCUGAUUCUAGUGUAAUCUGGCAUAGAAGGAUAGGUCAUGCACCUCUAGAUGUAAUCAAGAAGUACACAUCACUGAGUAACCUGAAAAACACCAAUCACACUCACUUCAGUGUAUGCCCUUUAGCCAAGCAAACAAAGUUAUCUUAUAAACUGAGCAGUACUACUUCUAAUGCUACUUUUGAACUGCUACAUUGUGAUGUAUGGGGGCCCUAUAGGGUAACAACAUAUGACAGUAAAAGAUUCUUUGUUACUAUUGUGGAUGAUUACUCUAGGUUUACCUGGAUUUUCUUGCUUGUCUCUAAGUCAGAUACAGUGGUUGUUCUGAAAGAUUUCCUAACAAAGGUGAAGAAUGUGUUCUCUGUAUCAGUUAAGACUCUUAGAACUGAUAAUGGCAGUGAAUUCUUUAAUCAUGAAGUACACAAUCUCUUGUCAUCCAUGGAAAUUAUUCAUCAAAGUACCUGCACCUACACUCCUCAGCAACAUGGAGUUGCUGAGAGGAUACACAGGACCAUUUUAGAGAUGGCCAAAGCUAUGAAAUUUCAGGCUGCUAUCCCUUUGAAAUUCUAG